CUGGCGGCAUGACCGACAAAUGAAGUAGGUUAAACAAAGACAUUUUUCUAACAAGAGGUCGGAAAUGUUUGCACAGUCUGCGAAAUAGCUUUUGUUGUUGUUGUUUGGUUUAUUAGUGUGGUCCGGAAAUAUUUAUUUCCUCGCUCCUGCCGUCGUCUACAUGAAUGUACGAGUUUGUUGGAGACAAGAAAACAAGUUUUGUUAGUAGGGGACCUGGAGAGAAAAAAACAAUGCUUUAUUAAAAUGUUCAUUCACAGGAUGGAGGUUACAGAGGCAGAAGUUGUAUCUUGAGGAAAACAAAAUUUGGGAAGAAAGGAGUUUCUGAAGAGGGGACGGCAUUCUAAUCACCUGACGACCUCUGCGAUGAAGACAUAGAAUACAACCUUGUUGAAGUGUCGACUAACUGCUAGUUUCCGUUCAAUCAAAUGAGGACAAGCUGGUCGCUCCGUUGAAGAAAUUCAAGGCAAAGAACCAGCUCUCCCCAUCCAUUCUCUCCUCUGUUACAGCCAGGGGUCUGCCCUUCCUUUUCUCUGUUAUCCUCUGCAAUCGGGUAGCCAAUAAAAAGAUUGAAGUCGCGUGCUUUCCCUUCAGACUGGUCGUCUCCAGGAUUUAAUCAAGCCUUGCCAGCCUCGACGAACUCUCGACAGAACACGCGAAGGGUAACCAAGGUACUCUGCUGGCUUCGUGCUGCAAUGCUGGAAUCACAGUCCUGACACCAUUGCUUCUCUACUCAAACAGACGUGUGCCAGGACAGUCUGAGCAGGGAUUGUAUCUUUGUAAGGUUUCGUGCAUGUGUCGCUCUCUGAAUUACAUAAAUUAAAAAUUCGCAAUCCAUCAAGAAGGAACUUCAACAAAGACUUCGUUAAAAAGCCGAAUUCGGGUUUAACUGUUGUAAUCAAUUUUUAAUUGAAUGAAAAGUAGGUGAAUGCUCUGUAGAGUCUGAAACGUACAGGGUUGGAGACCUAAAUCUUCUUGGAUUGAAAUUAUAGGAUUCAAAGAUAACAUGGACCAUAAUCGUGAAUAAUAAACAUUGUUUAGAAACAUUCUUUUUCUUGGAACAAAGAUCCUGAUGGAGUACCUCAGUAACUGGACAGACCCCAUGACCCAGUUUGGAUCGGGGUCCCCGAACAGCACGGACCAGCCCGAGGAUGAGGAGUUCUCGCCUCUGAACAAUUUUUUGCGGAGGGUGCAGGUGUGUCUGGUGCCGGUUCUCUUCGUCUUCGGCCUUGUGGGGAAUCUUCUGGCAGCCGGCUGCUUCCUGAGCGAGCCUCUGAGGUCCACAUCCUGCUGCUUGUACAUGGCGGGCAAGUGCGCCUCUGACACCGGCUUCCUGGUCCCGCUGUUCAUGAUGUGGUUGCUGCGGGUGGGCGUGGACGUGGUCAACGUGGUCGGCGCCUGUCAGCUGACCGUCUUCCUCAGCUACGUGUGCGGCUUCAUGUCGGUGUGGUUCGUCGUGCCUAUAACCUUCGAGAACUACAUCCGUCUGUGCCGUCCUCAAUCGACACGAUCCUACUGCACGACCCGCGUGGCCGUUGCUGUCAUCGCUGCUGUCGUCCUUGCCGCGCUCGUCGGCUACAGCUUUCCUCUCUGGACGACAGGUGUGCUGCACGGCAGGGAGGACGAGGAACCCGCCUGCAUGUCCUUACUGAAGUUCAAGGAUGUUCUCAUCGUGAUGACAUUCGUGGACACGGUCAUCACCUUGCUGUUGCCUUCCUUCAUCAUCAUCCCCUUGGUGAUGGCCAGUCUCUUCGCCACGCUGCAGGCCAUGAAGAGGAAGCAGAGGAUCCGCGAGUCCCUCAUCAUCCAGAACCAACGACAUGUCCUGAAGAACUCUCUGGAGCUGCAGGUCGCCAAGUUCCUUCUCACCGUCUCCAUGACUUUCGUUAUCUUGCACAGUCCGGGUCACCUGCUCCGGCUGAAGAUGCUGGUGGACGAGUACCUGCUGCACAAAGCCUCGGAGUCCCGGGACCUCAUGCUGCAGAGGCUGUUCGAGUGCAUCUACUACUUCAACUUCUGCGGCAACCUCGUCAUCUUCCUGUCCUCGGGAGCGAACUUUCGGUCGAGGUUCUCAUCCAUGUACUGCCAGAGGUCGCGGUGUGUGUCCAGGUCUUACUCAGAUGAGUACAGUUUGUCUCAGGGACGAUCACGAAAUGUGUCGGAGAACCAUUGUUUUAACUCCGAUAAUCCCCUCGAACGGCUCUAAUCUCAAAGCAAAAGUUCUUCACUGGGAACCCAGAGUUAUUUCCGUUUACUGCUUAAAAAAAAUUCUUUAAAAUUCUACACACUGAAACGUUUUCUCAAAUUACAGGGUUGAAAUCAUUAAGAUAUUAUUUUUCUGAACAAUAGUGUAAAAUGUGAACGUGUUCAUACAAACUUUUAAGCCUCUCAAGUUACGAGAUCUGAGAUAAAUAAAGCAUUGACUUUUGAUAUCUGGAACAAAAUAUAAAACAAGGAUGUUUGAGGAAAAAAAUUAUCGAUGAUGUCUGGGAAAAAUUCACGUUCCACUCAGACUUAUGGCGAUGCAAAUGGCAGACUGACUGACCUGUCACCGCCAACAGGCUUCAUGUGAGAUCGUGUUCAACUGAAAAAAUUGACAUCUGAAUGAAGAUGAACACCACCCCUGCCACCACCAUCACUUUAUAACCAGUGAUGGACCACAAAGCCAGACAGAAGAGAAGAAAUAAACUAGAGAGCAGACUGUUGAGAAAAAACUAGAUGGUGUUGAACAAAUAAGUCGCCUACGUGUUUGUGAAAAAAUUGUUUUCGUGGCCAGGGCAAUUUGGGAGUUUUUGUUCGUGUUAGAUAAUGGAUGUGUGAGUUUCCGUUGUUGACCUGCUGUUUGUCCAGUGGCUUAAGUGUUUUAUUGACUCCAACAUCUGCAAAGCGAACAACAGGGACUUGAAAUAUUGUUUUACCCGAGCUGGAGGGGCAGAGAGAAAUUGGUAUUUACUGCCGAGUUAAGGCUGUAUCACAGCAAGGUAGUCAGCCCUGUAAACAGAUGCCACGUGCAGAGAAAGAACAGCGUGCCCGAGACGAGAACUGAACCCAGGACAGCCAAUCUUCACUGUGUUGGUGACAGGCGCUCACCGUUGCGCUCACCUUUCUACCCAAGGGGCAAUGGGUUAGAACUGAUGUAAGAGCCAACGCAAAGAAAGAAAGAAAGAAAGAAAGAAAGAAAGAAAGAAAGAAACAAACAAACAAACAAACAAACAAACAAACAAACAAACAAACAAAGAAACAAACAAACAAAGAAAGAAAAAAAAAAGAAAAAAAAAGAAAAGAAAACCAACUCGUGUACUCGUGAGAAAUGACGAGACAGGGUUCAGGGAUGGAACUAUGUUAACACGCAACAAACACCAUUUUCAUUUCCUCACCCGUCUCUCUUCCAUAACUGAUUGGCUGGAGUUUGUCGCCGACUGCCAACUUCGAGGAGUUGCGAUGUUCUGGUCACGUGAUAUCGAUAACAUCAUCCCCUCUCCUCGAUCCCACAGCUCGGCCUGUGUAUGUUUUUUCUAUUUAUUUAUUGUGUGUGUGUGUGACACAGGUCGGUAUUGCAGUGUGCGUGUGUUUUCCACGUGUGUCCAGGUUCGGUGGUAAUUUUUUCUCUACUGCAGAUCGGAUCUAUCGAGUCGGAUUAUGCGGGUGAACUUUGACCCCGCCGGGAGGGCCGAUAAGCCUGCGUAGAUCCCUCCACGCUGUAACCGGUGCUGUUGGAAAAUUAUGUUUUCCUGUAUCAGCAUGCAUCAUGCCUAGAAUACUCGCUAAUGCAAUUUCUUGCCGUGCAACCGGAGAAGAAAAUUGUAAAGAAAAAAGAAAAACACAUCAAGAAGGCGGAUAUUAAAUUUUACGACAGUGAUACCAGCUUAGAAAAACUUUUUUUCGUUAAAUGGUAAAGCCAUCAGCAGGUUGGAAUAUCCUCCUACAUUAUGGAAAUAUAUUGUAGAUUAUUUUUAAAUUUUGAAAUUGUGAAGGAACCGCGGUGUGGAGCUUUUGUAUGAAUGUCCAUCUCUCCCACUCUACUACUUUCAAACUCCUCGCGUAGGUGGGAGGUGAGUAAGUCCAGAAAAUAAUCAAAGACUAAUACAAUCGUUUUGGGGAGUGUUUAUAUUUUUUAAAAGGCUUUCACGCUUCAUUUUUUUUCUUUCUCUCUUCUUAUACAUCCCUCUAUAUAAUCCACUUUGCUGAUGUACCUUUUAUAUGCUGCUGAACGGUAAUGUCAGAAAUGUGGAAAAAGAAAGAAGAAAAUAUCAGCAGCACUGCCAUUUACAUUGUUCUGCAAAAAACUGACAUUUAUCAAGGCAUUUAUACCUGUAUAUGUUCACACACACACAGGUUGAUAUUGAUGUUUACCUUUGCCCUCACAUGUCACUGGUUCUGUUUGUUCUGUUUCUGAGUUUGUUAUCAUCGGCUACAGUCAUUCAUUUUUUUCAGUGAGUGGGAUUGCUUCAUUCAUUAAUAAAUUAUGUUCACUUCAUCAAACAAGAAACGAAUAGUAGAGUGACACGAAUGUUCAGCGAAUGUGCAAAUCAUCCAGAAAUAUGGAGCCUGACAAUGAGUGCGAUGAUAGACAACAAACAACAAACAACAAACAACAACAACAGCAACAACAACGUGUGCUGGAGCGAGUGACAGUCACUAGUAUCUAACUAUUGUCUCAAAAAGAUGCGAAUAAAAGUUCGAACAUGAUUUUUACAGUCUCUUUUCUGGUUUUGUUUGUUUGUUGAUGUCAUGGCAGAAUGUGGGGGACGAUGAGUGAGGUACUCACAUUUAUUUCUGUCUGCACAUUUUUUUUAUUCACUCUUAACUUUCUUCUUAGUCAUGCGAACUCACACACAGAGAGCUGACAAAGCUUUCCUGACUUCCACGUGCGUGCAUGCGUGUGUGCUUGUAUGCAUGCGUGUGUGCCUAUGUGUUUGAGUGUGUGUGUGAGAGAGAGCGUGCGUGUGUGUGCGCGUGCGUGCUUGUAGCCUGGCGAUUGGCCACUUCCUGUUCACUCGGACUACUCGCAGCUCACCCCAGACUAACAGGACGACGUGGAGGCGAAGACGGAUGGCAGUCAUGUCCCCCGGGAGGACGAUGUCCAGGCUGUCAAACUCCUCCCAUCUCUGACAUCAGACUUGUCUUGUCUGGGACUGGGUGCCACGUACAAUUACCGUUGACCGUUGGAGUGAUGCUCCUCUGUACCCAGCAUAUUGAUGAGAUUAUUAUCACACAACUUUUAUCUUCUAUCUACAUUCGCAGUCUUCGCUUGUCUUCUCUGGAGGAACUUUCUUGAAAGUGCAUGGCGCAUUCUAAAGACAGAAAUUCAGGGAAUGGCGCGUGCAACAUUGGUGUGGUGACUAUCUCACCUCCUGCACUCAACACAACAUCGACACUCAAACCUUUAGAAAUUGUAAUUGGAUUAAAUUCUCACCUUUUUAUUCGUCCUUUUUUGUCUUUUGUCUCUGACUGUACUUAGGGUUG